CUAGCACUAAGAUUUUAAUAUGAAGCUGUAGUUGAUUCAUAAUAACUUGUGAAUAAGAUAUCUUGAGUAUUUGAAACAGUAGAUGUAAUACAUGGCCUUGACUAGUAGCGCCACGUACAUAAGUCGUUACUUGAAGGUCGUAUAUUUCUAUGUUGAAUAAGUUCUAAUGCGUAACAGUAAUAUUUAAAGAUAAACUGUCAUGACUUUUUCUUUCAAAUAAGCUAUUUAAUCAUGUCCGAGUCACAUACUGACAACUGAGGAUGUUUAAACGAUUAAUUCGUUGUCAUGUGAAAUCAUCUCGUACACCACCGAAUAAAGAUGGUACAAAUAAUAAAAUUCACUUACCAACUAAAUGUACUACGUGGUUAUUUUCAACCAUUUCCUCUUCAUCUAAAAUCUCAACUACCAGUGACAUUGAAGCAAAUAAAAGCACAGAAACUUGUUUAAUAGAUAACUCUUCCAAAACAAACAAUUGUAAUGAAACAUGUAUUUUGAUUAACACUCAACAUCCUAAUGAUAGUCAACGAAUUUCUUGCAAUCCUUACUGUCCUGAUCCAGAAGGUAUUAAACUACCUUUUAUACAUUUCACUAAAGUUAGGAAUCAAUUUCUAGCUAUUCGAUCUCAAUCAAUAUCUUCAUCUAUAAAAGAACAGUUAAAAUCUCAUUCAUUUAAUAAUUGGUUAUAUUCAGAUGCUGAAUUAAUUAAUUUUGUUAAAUUUAUGUUUGUCGAUUUAAAUCUACCGGAAUUAUGUCAUUUCUCUAUUGAUACACUUGAAAAUUGGAUAUUUUCAACUUAUUUACGAUAUAACAAUGUACCAUUUCAUAAUUUUAAACAUGCAUUUAUGGUAACUCAAAUGAUGUAUUGUAUCAUUAAAAUGGUAAAUUUACCAUUGUAUUUAUCCUCAGUGGAUUUACUGAUUCUAUUAUUCUCCGCUUUGUCACAUGAUCUUGAUCAUCCGGGUGUUACAAACUCUUACCAGAUUAAUGCUGGAACUUGGCUUGCUCUACGUUACAAUGAUAUAUCACCAUUGGAGAAUCAUCAUUGUAUGACAGCGUUCGAUCUUAUCACCAAUAAUCCAACAACAAAUAUUAUCAGUGGAUUAACACCGAAUGAAUCACGUCAUUUUCGUAGAUCUGUGAUAAGAUGUAUUUUAAGCACAGAUAUGGCAAUCCAUUCAGAAUGUCUAUCACAAUUUCAAGUUUUACGAAAACAAGUCUAUUUGAAUUGUCAGUCAUUAUCUAUAGAUAUGAGUAGUAGUAGUAUUAGUAGUAUAAAACAUAAUCAUCAAAAUAUUGAUCAUUCUUGUUGUAUUAAUAAUAAUCAACAAGGGGAAUUGAAAAAUCCUGAUUCAAUAUUUCCUUCCCUUCAAUUAUCAUCAUCAUAUAUUGGUUAUUCAUCACCAUCGCCUACACAACAACAGCCUACACUAACAACUUCCCAUGAUCAUUAUCAUCGUCAUCAAGUUAACCAUAAUGACAAUGACGAAACAGGGGUGGACAGACAAAAUCGAUCAGACAAAUAUGAACAAUAUAAUUCAUGUAUUAAUCAACAUGUUGAUAAUAAUAAUAACGUUGUUAAUUUUGGCGGUGAUAAUGACAGUGAUCACAAUGGUGAUAAUAUUAAUAACAAUGAUUAUAGUCAUAUUAAUGCAUCACUGAUCCAGUCUUCAUUAAUUUCAUUGAUUAAUCAACAACCAGAAUAUUUAUUAAGACUUUUAAUGAUACUGUUGAAAGUAUGCGAUAUAUCGAAUGAAAUUCGUUCACCAUUAGUUGCUGAUGCCUGGGUGGAUUGUUUAUUCAACGAAUUUUUUCUACAGGCUGCAGCAGAAAAACAAGCUGGUCUUCCUGUUGCUCCUCAUAUGGAUCCAGAUCUUGUAGUGAAAUCCAAUAGUCAGUUGAAUUUUUUACAUAAUAUUCUAAUACCAUUAGUGAAGGAAUUGACGUAUAUCUUUCGUGAAUUACACGUACUUUUGGAAUCUGCUCAUCGACGAUCAGAGCAUUUCUCUCAGAUUAAACAAUAUGAAUUAGCUCAACAAGUGAUAGAUAGUAACUGUUGUUCAACAAUAGUAACCACAUCAACAUCGUCAACAUUACCAAUAACAGCAAUUACUAGUACUUCUGAAUGUCAUGGCAUGAAGUCUAAUGUAUGGGCUACUGAAAAAAAUAUUAAUUGUGUUCAAUCAUCACUUUGUCCUGAUGAAAUAACUUUAGAUGCAAAUGAAAACUUAAUGCAAAAGCAACAACAACCACAUAGUCGACAUGAAUCUCCAACUAUACAUACACAUACGGGCCACUUAUAUUCUCCAAUAUCACAAUCAUCAUCAUCAUCUACCUUGCAUUGUAAAUCAUCCCACAUCAAAGUUCAACAAUCUCAAGUGCCACAUUGUAAUGAAACAUAACUCAUGAAGUUCUCCAUAUUAGUGGCUAGUCCAACUAAUACCGAUAGUGAUUCUAAUACGACUGGGACCAGUAAAGUGAUUCUGCUAGGUACUUGAACUGUCUAAAUAAUGAAAAAUGAACUGUUUGAAUAUAUUUGACAAAAUUAUACAUUAACUUAUUAUGAGAUCUGUAAGUUUUUCAUAGGCAAUACAAUUAGUUACUUUUAUAGAAUUUGUAUAUAACACUCGGUGUUCCCUACUAGAUUCGUUGUGAUUCAUACAAUUACGUUACGAAAUAGAUGUAGAUCAUUAGUUAACUCCCAAUGGUACUUUAUCCUAAGUUCAAUUCAGGAACAAAACUUUGGUGAAAUUUAUAAGAUAUCUUCCAGUUGUUUACUGAUAACAAACUUUAAAAUAAUUCAUUCUGAAAUCACUGAAGAAUUAUAGUAUUUUCUUUGUCCACCUGUAGUUAGAGAUAAUCAAUAUGAAACCUUAGAUUUAUUUUUCAUGCUAGUUGGUACCCAUCAAGUAGGUGCACCUACAGUUUCCAGUAGACUAAUACUUCCUGUGGGAUUUGCACAUUCGUCACCCAGCUUAAUAGUCUGAAACGUUACUACUGAACUGAUUUGGGGGUGAUCGAUUUCCUCCAGGAUUGAGAUGGUUAGUGAUCAUCUAGCAACAUCAAAACACAUAGCAUACAAUCUCCAUUAACGUAUAUAUAUAUAUAUAUAUAUAUAUACUUCCCAGUUGUUAUUGAACGCCACAAAUGUAUAUUUGUUGCACAAGACAAAUUUUUCGGUGUAAUAUUUGUACACUACGGGAUUGUCUUUCAGGUAAAUAAGUGAAAUCUAAUAAAAUUUAUUUUGAUUGACCAAUGAACAGUGAUCAGCUUAUGUAUAUCUAGUCCUUUAAUGCAAAUUGAACUUCAUCAAGAUUGUAGAAUUUUCAUGGUUAAAUCACGAACUGAUCUUAGCUAGACCACCAUAGAAAACCAAGACGCAGCUGUUUCAUCCUAAUGUUAGAUUCUUAUGAGUAAGCACACAUGACUCUAACACGAAGGAUUGAAUCCAGGACCCUUGAGUUUUAUGCUCAAAUACUUAAAUUCUAGGCGAUUGGGCCGACAAAUGUGACUCGAAACGGAAAGUGUAAAGUUUCAAAAUGUGUUACAUUGAAUAUAGUUAAAUUCUUUUCUUUUUGGAUAACUUACCACUUACAUAUUGAAAAAGAAUUAUGCGAUAAUCGUCUUUCAGCUGAAAGUAAUCACUGACAUUAAUAUUCUUUCUCGAUUAUGUAUUUCUACUUUAAUACGCCACAUGGUAUUCUGUCUAUAUUGUCCGUAUACUUAUGUAUGUCUGUUUAUCUAUUUAUUUCUGUCUGUCUAUGUAGCAUACAAUUCGGCUGAUGUACGUCAACCACUUUUUGUAGUAUUAACAAUUUUAAUUAAGGAAGAAAUCGAUGUGACAUGUUAUUAGAUGCUUUUCUGUAUAUUAACCCCGAGCACAGCAUGCAUCAAUAUAAGAUAUAAACAUACUAGAAGCCUAACAUUACAGUGUUCACUGUCAGUCUUCAAUAGUAAUCGAUCACAUCAUAGUUAAUUUCAAUGAAGAAUAUAUUAUAAACUACAUACAGCAUGAGGAAUUGUUGAAAAGACACUAAUCUGUCAUUAUGGAUAUAAAAUGAUGGGAUAAAAAUUGAAGUAUGAGAUGAAAUAAUGCUUCAUUACAAUAUGUACUGGGAUAAUGUAUUAUUGAAAAAAACAGCCCUGUCUUAUAAAAACUAUACAAACUCUGUUCCAUUUUACAUUUUAUACAAUAGAAUAUUCAUUCAUAUCAAUCGUUUCUUAAUUCGGCAAAAAAUUGAAAGACUUUCUAUAAGUUUAUUCACCCAGUUAUUCAAGCUUAUCGAUGUAAUUAAUCUUUAUCCUUCGGGUACUUGUAGAAGUGUUCGAUAGUAAAUGAAUCAUACCUAACAAAAAACAACUUUCUUUUAUUAAGCCAUUUUCAAUAUAAUUCUUUAGAAUUGAUAGAAAACCUGUUGUAUCAUCAAGGAAUAUGAAUGCUAAAAUGUAAAUGCAAAAGUACACUAAGCCUUCCAUUCAUUCGAAUACAUUUGGAUCAUCUGUGAACAAUCGUUUUUUUGUGAUAAACGUCUUCAAAUAUAAACUAGCAGACAAAUUUACAAUCUGUACAUAAUUGUACUCAUCUGAUUGACUAUAUGAUACUCUGUUUACAGGAUCAGUAUAACAUAGUAUCUGCUUCUAAUGUGUCAUUUUAAUUGAAAAAAAAUCUUCAUUGAUAUCUGAUAUAGGCCCUAUACAAUCCACUUCAUGACAUGCAUAUACACACACACUCAUAUUAUACACUAAAUAUAAUGAUAGGUUUUGAUUCAUUAUGAGCCUUAAG